CUAAUGUAUCAUCAUGUCGAUCCUAGCAAACAUACCAGUUAUCGGUCCCCUCUUCUCUUCAGAUAAGGAUCAGUUAUUAAAAGACUAUGAUUACAUUGUCGUUGGUGGUGGUUCGGCUGGGUGUGUGGUAGCUGCACGGUUAUCAGAGGACAAGAAUAUCAAUGUGCUCUUACUCGAAGCCGGUGGGGAUGGAAAUACAUUUGCCAUACGAACGCCCGGGGUGUAUUUUGAUCUGCAAAUGACCGAGGUGGACUGGCAGAUAAGGACACGGCCGCAGAAAGGAAUGGGUGGGCGAAUUGGAUUCUGGCCCCGCGGUAAAGUUCUCGGUGGCUGUUCGUCCAUCAACGCCAUGCUCUAUGUCAGAGGUGAUCGAGCAGAUUAUGACGGAUGGGCAGCAGUCGGGUGCGACGGAUGGGCGUAUGAAGAUGUGUUGCCCUACUUUAAAAAAUCUGAAGAUUGUCGCAUCCCCAGUCUCUCCCAACGUGAAUAUCACGGCACGGAUGGCCCACUGAACAUUGAAUACGCUAGUGGAGGAGAUCCGAACCCGUUAACAAAAGAGUUCAUCUCUGCAUUCCGGCAAGUGACAGGAAUCACAAACGAUGACUACAACUCGGGAGACGGCUACGGAGCAUCUAUUAGCUUUCAGACAGUGCAGAAUGGCGUGCGAUGCGACACGGCUCGAGCCUUCCUGUUCAAUGGAGAGAAACCAGCUAUUCGCCGGCCCAAUUUGACAGUCAUCACCGGUGCACACGUCACAAGGAUUGGGGUGGAGAACGGCAAGACUACUGGAGUAUAUUUCAGAUCCUCUCCACAUGGAACAUCGAAAGAAGCAUUCAUGACCCUUCCAGAGACAUUCAUUCCCGUCAGAGAGCAAGUCAUUUUGAGCGCUGGCGCAGUUCACACUCCUGCCAUUCUGAUGUACUCUGGCAUCGGUCCUCAAGAUCACCUCAAGAGCGUGGGAAUCAAGGUGAUAAAGCAUCUCCCAGGUGUGGGCCGCAACCUCCAAGAUCACCUCUUUGUCGGGCUCGCAUUCAAGGAAUACCAGGGCGUGGCAUACACAAGCAGGUUGCUCGACGUGGCGCGAUACCUUGGGAAAUACUUUCUGCAUAGCACCGGCCCUGUCGCUGGUUCUCCCGUUGAGGCAUUAGCGUUUAUGGAUUCUGCUGUAAACACCUCUGCCCAGAAUGGAAGAAAGCGCCCAGACCUACAAUUCCACAUUCUCCCAGCUCGCGUCACCAAACAAGCCCACUAUGCUAAAACCAAUGUCAAUCCUAUACAGCCAGAGUUAUCUCACGAUCACGGUCUGACAGUGUUUCCCACGCUUCUCCUUCCGGAAUCCUCUGGAUACAUUGAAUUGAGCAGCAGUCAUCCCCUUGACGAUAUCCACGUUGAGCCAAAUUACCUUUCAGCAGAAUACGACAUCCAAGUGCUGAUGGACGGAAUAUUCAAAUGUCGCGAAAUUGCAAAGUCCCAAGCGCUCGAACAGUAUAAACUGGAAGAAAUUAUUGACACCACCAUCCCAUUUCCACCAGACUCACCCGAGUACGUUCGUGAAUACGUGAAAAGGCAGGCCAUAACAGUCUAUCACCCGGUUGGCACUGCUAAAAUGGGACGAGCUGACGAUCCAAUGGCGGUGGUUGAUUCCAGGUGUAGAGUCUUUGGUAUUGAAGGGUUGAGAGUGGCGGAUGCGAGUGUUAUGCCACGGAUCGUAGCGGCUAAUACGAAUGCCGCCUGUAUUAUGAUUGGGGAGAAGGUUGCGGACAUGAUAAAGAAGGAUCGGCAGAAAAGUUGAUAGAGUAGGCAUAUAUGAUUCUAGAAUACAUGGGUUGG